AAAACUCUUCUCUCACACUUUUCGCAUUUAUUAUUCGGUACGACUUUUCGGCACCAUGAGGGACAGCGAUCACGACGAGUACGCCGUUAUUAGAAGCCAAACAAGUGACUUGGUUUUGGAUGCAAGUGAUUAUGAGGUAAAAGUUGAGCGCUUCACUGGACUUCCAGCACAACGAUGGAAACUGGAAAAUGCGUACCUCGGGACCUUCUUUUUUGUGAAUCAGAGCAAUGGAAAAGUCCUAGACAUACAGGGAUCACUAGAAAGCGGCCACAACCUGAUCACCUUUCCCAAUUUUGGCGGAGCAAAUCAGCAAUGGUAUGUGAAUUCGGAUAACACCAUCGUCAGUAUUAAAGGAAAUUUGGCGCUUGAUAUUUCUGGCGGAAAUCAGCAACCGGGCACCAAUGUAAUAGCGUGGGAGAAACAUGGGGGAGACAACCAGAAGUUCCGAAUUGAAUAUCAGUAGUCUUCAUUAAAUAAUUUUUGUUUCACAUACAACAUUUAUUGCAUUUUUAAACGAAGAAUAAAAUUAAAUGAUCUAAA